AUUUUCUUAGGAUAGUCAAUGUUUUUGAUAAUCAACUAAAAUAAUGUUGUGAAAUAAAAGCAUACGACAGGCCACAGCCUGAAUAUGAAGAAAGCCUCUACAAAAUGGAUGCUAUUUGCAACUGCCCUUAUUUCCAUAUUCUUAGUAACAAUGUGGACUUUGCAAUAUCGUUCCAAAGAUCAUUUUAAAGCAAAACAGCUAAAUACAGAUCAUUCAUAUAAGCUGGAAAGUGAAAAAGAACAACCCAAAACUACAACCACUCCUGCUCCUUUGGUCCCACACACACAACCUGGUGUUCGUGUUAAAACUAAAAAGGAGGUUAAACCUAAUCCUGUUGAAUACUACUGCAAUUUCCCCAACAGCAAUGACAUAUUUAAGAUGCAAGAAGGUAAUGGCCAAAAAGGAUGGAAAUUGAAACAAGUGCAAAUAGUGAUCAGACAUGGAGACAGAGCACCUUUGAAUUUGAAUGUGUACCAUAAAUUCAGAACCAAAAACCGCUUUUGUAAUAUACAUUCAAAUUUCUACUCUGACACAUUAAAAUUGGUAUCAAAUUAUAGAAAUAGCAUAAUGAAGGAUCAAAACUCACAACAUUUACCUUAUUUCGCACAACCUUUGCCCGAAGGGAUUGUCUGCAGUCCAGGCCAAUUAACAGUCAUUGGUGCAUUACAACAUUUACACAACGGUUUGAUGCUGCGUGAGGCUUACAUUCGAAAGCACAAACUGGUAGACCCUGCCACUCAAGAUAAAUUUGUCUAUGUUCGUUCCACUCAUGUUCGACGCACAUUUCAAAGUGCUGUUGCUUUCUUGUAUGGCUUUUUACCUAACUAUCACCUUCAAGACAUUCCAAUAACCUUUACAAUGGGUCCAACAUUUUGUGAGAAACACUGUGUGUGCCCAAUUGUUAAAACCUUGGAAAAGAAGGUAAAGAAAACUCAGUACCAAAAUUACUUAAAAAGGCAGAGGAACAAUCCUAUUAUAAAGAAUAUCUCCAGAAUUACUGGAAUUGGAGAUCACACCGGACCCCUCAUGGAUUCGUUGGUAACAGGGUAUAUCUGCAAGCAAAUUCCUUUGCCAUGUAAUGAAAAUGGAGAGUGUGUGGAGCUAUCUGAAUUAAAUGUUGUAAUGAAUGAACAAGAAUAUCUAAACAGAGUUACCCGACUAGAGUCUCCUGCAAGAAAUAUAUCAUUGUUACAAAUUCAACCUUUUCUGGAAAAUAUCACCAAUCAUAUGAAACAAGUUGUGGAAGAUUCAGCUGCUCAAAGAAAAGCAGUUUUGUAUUCAGGGCAUGACCUGACUCUUGCACCAUUAAUUCAAGCACUAGGCUUGCCAGAAUAUAGGUGGCCAAGAUUAGCAAGUCGUUUGGUGUUUGAGCUUUGGCAAGCAACAGAUGGUAUGCACUUUGUAAAAAUUCUUUUCAAUGGCGUUGAUGUUACCAAUGACACUGCUUUUUGUCCAGGUAAAAACAAGCCAUGUUCAUAUAACUCUUUUAUGCAAUUCCAAAGGGACAUAGGGAAAUAUUUUGGAUUUGAUUCAAGAAGUUCUGUAUGCAAAAGCUAAUACUGUCCUGCUACAAGUCAAUCAAAUGAUAUGUCUACUGUCUCUUUAUUUAUUUUAUGUACCCAAUAUUCCAUUUGCCAUAUUGACUUUUUUUUCUUCUAUUUGCACUUUAGAGUUAGAAUUUUUUUACUACGCUGUAUCAUUAACAAAUUUAGAAUUUUUUUAUUAAGCUGUUUCAUUAACAGAUCUAUAAUCUUCAAGUGAAGGAAAUUAUGUUUUCAAGUGUAUUUUUCUGUAUUUCCAGUAUUGCAGUAAGAAGUAAUAAAAGUGUUGGACAUGCUAAA